UGAUUAGAGAUGUGCAAAUUCUGAUGCUACACUCUUCUUUUUGUUGCCAUUUUCACGUACUUCAACUCUGAAAGUGAGCUGAAACCAAAGCCACUAGGAACAAAGAGAGAAGCGACGAAGAAGCCUCCAUUAUUUCUUCUAGUACUCAGUUCAUUUUUAGCUGCAGAGGAAAGUGAAUAAGAAGAGGGAGAAGGAAGGUUAUUCACUCUGCAUUUUCAAGCCAUGGAGGAGAGGCCAGAGACUGAGUUGAUAUCGAUUCCAGCGACGCCACGCGUGUCGACGCCAGAGAUACAGACGCCGUCAGGGCAGAGGUCGCCGAGGCCGGCUUCGAAGGAAGCGAAGUCGUCGACAGCAUGGACGCCGACGUCGUUUAUCUCUCCCAGGUUCUUGAGUCCCAUAGGGACUCCGAUGAAGAGGGUUUUGAUCAAUAUGAAAGGUUACUUGGAAGAAGUGGGUCAUCUCACUAAGCUUAACCCUCAAGACGCUUGGCUUCCCAUCACUGAAUCACGCAAUGGGAACGCUCAUUACGCCGCCUUUCAUAAUCUGAAUGCUGGCGUUGGCUUCCAAGCUCUGGUCUUGCCUGUUGCUUUUGCUUUUCUUGGCUGGAGUUGGGGUAUAUUGUCCUUAACUAUAGCCUACUGUUGGCAACUUUACACCUUAUGGAUUCUGGUUCAGUUACAUGAAGCUGUUCCAGGAAAGAGGUACAAUAGAUAUGUGGAGCUCGCACAAGCAGCUUUUGGAGAAAGAUUAGGAGUUUGGCUUGCGCUGUUCCCAACAGUUUAUUUAUCAGCAGGAACUGCAACUGCUUUGAUUCUCAUCGGAGGGGAGACCAUGAAAUUAUUCUUCCAGAUUGUUUGUGGCCCUAUCUGUUCGUCAAAUCCUCUAACAACAGUCGAGUGGUAUCUGGUGUUCACUUCAUUGUGCAUUGUUCUAUCUCAGCUCCCCAAUCUUAACUCAAUUGCAGGGCUCUCUCUAGUAGGAGCCGUGACAGCCAUCACUUACUCCACUAUGGUGUGGGUGCUCUCUGUUAGCCAACAAAGGCCACCAACAAUCUCUUAUGAGCCUCUUUCACUGCCAUCCUCUGCUGCUGCUUUCUUCUCUGUCAUGAAUGCACUUGGGAUUGUAGCCUUUGCAUUCAGAGGCCACAAUUUAGUUUUAGAGAUUCAGGCAACUAUGCCAUCAACAUUUAAGCACCCAGCUCAUGUGCCUAUGUGGAGAGGAGCCAAGGUUGCGUAUUUCUUCAUUGCCAUGUGCCUGUUCCCUGUUGCCAUUGGAGGCUUUUGGGCUUACGGAAACCUCAUGCCUUCAGGAGGGAUCCUCAGUGCACUGUAUGCAUUUCACAGUCACGACAUUCCAAGAGGACUUCUUGCUCUGACUUUUCUUCUUGUGGUGUUCAACUGUCUGAGCAGUUUCCAGAUAUAUUCAAUGCCAGUUUUUGAUAGCUUUGAAGCAGGAUAUACAAGCCGUACAAACCGCCCUUGCUCAAUCUGGGUUCGAUCUGGUUUUCGUGUUUUCUAUGGAUUUGUCUCCUUCUUCAUAGGGGUGGCACUCCCAUUCCUUUCAAGUCUUGCUGGACUGUUAGGGGGACUCACUCUUCCGGUCACAUUUGCUUACCCUUGUUUCAUGUGGGUUCUAAUAAAAAGGCCCACAAAAUACAGCUUCAAUUGGUAUUUCAACUGGAUCCUGGGCUGGCUGGGUAUCGCCUUCAGCUUGGCCUUCUCCAUUGGUGGUGUGUGGAGUAUGGUCAACAAUGGGCUUAAGUUGAAAUUCUUCAAACCCAAUUAAGAAGAUGAAGAACCGCUAAAAGCAGGCUUUGGAUUUCUGCAGAAGUUAUGGAUAGCUAUGUAUCCUGUUGAUGUUUCAAUAUCAGCAAAAAGAACACUUAUAUAUAUAUA